UCUGUUCAUUCCUCUCUUGGCAGGCAGUCGUGUGCCCACUAUAGGAUCAUGGUUGGGAUGGCAGCAUGGGCAGAGCCAGGCAGCGUUUGCCAGUGUGCCAGGACUGAAGGGCAAGCCUAUUGAGAAGCAGUGUGAUGGACACAAUGGGUGCGACAGACUUGCUGCAUCAACAGGCUUUUUGCUGCUGUGGUCAGAAAUAAACCAUAAAUACCCCCACUGGCCUCCACCAACCACUCGCCAGGCCUCCACAUCCAAAUACACCCUCACACUGAGACAGACAGAAAAGAGAGAGAAAAGACGGAGAGCGUGGCUUGUACCUGGUGCAGUGAAGCACAAGCCAUCCAGAAGAAAAAUGAGUGAACAACAGGGAACCCCGGAUCAGCUGCCUGCAGAGAAGGGCCAAGGAGGAGCUGGAGCCACAUAUAAGUUGGUGUUUUUUGAGCUGGAGAAUUUUCGUGGAAAGAAGGUGGAGUUGUCGGAUGAAUGUAGGGAUGCGUUUGAGCUGGCUGAGAGAAUCGGCUCUAUCAUCGUGGAGUCAGGACCAUGGGUUGGAUAUGAGUGUGCAGGAUAUACUGGGGAGCAGUUUGUGUUGGAGAAAGGAGAGUAUCCUCGCUAUAGCAGCUGGACCAACUGGCAGAACAGUUUCAUGCUGUGCGCCUUCAGGCCUUUGAAAGUGGAUAGUUCAGAGCAUAAGCUGCACCUGUAUGAGAAUGCAGGCUUUGAAGGUAGAAAGAUGGAGAUUGUUGAUGAUGAUGUCCCCAGUCUGUGGGCAUAUGGUUUCCAGAACCGUGUGGCCAGUGCUAAGGUUAUCAAUGGAACGUGGGUUGGAUACAUGUAUCCAGGCUACAGAGGGCGCCAAUACGUGUUUGAACAUGGAGAAUACAAGCACUGGAACGAUUGGGCAGGCACUGGACCUCUGAUACAGUCUGUCCGACGCGUGCGGGACAUGCAGUGGCACAAGAGAGGGUGCUACGUUGCCCCAAAUCCUCCCAAUCCCACCCCUAAACCCAAACCCAGUCCCAAUCCCAAUCCUAAAUCCCAAACUCAGGCCCAGACUUAGAAACCCAAACUCCAACACCGCCAACUGGGGCAGGCCAAAGGUAGCAACAAAAUCCCCAGUCUCUCUACUGCACAACCAUGUAGUCUAGAAUAUCUGCAAGUGUAACUUCUGAAAUCUGGAUCAGAGCUAACAGUAACGUAGUAUUGAAAUCUGCUUGGAAUAAAGCUUUUGGCCCUGAUUUGUUUGCAUGGAAAUAAUGUGUGUUUUAUUUGUUCAUUAAAUCUGU